AUGGAUCAAGGUAAAUAAUCCUCCAAAAGCAGCAUAAAAGUUGGAAUACAACCUAAAACAUUUGCCAACACAGUGCAGAAUCCCAACAUGUCUGGUUAAUUGGGCUAGGAAUAGAAACCCAAAUCUAGAUUUGUAUAACCCAAUAUGGCUAAUUAUGCAGCAAUGCCAGCAUCUUAAAAGGUCUCCAUUAAACCAGUUGACAUGAGUCAACAAUCAAAUAAAAGAAAUGAGGAUGUUAAUUUAGCCACUUUUCUUGUCCCUGACGGAAUGACCAAAGAAUAAUAUUAAUAAUAAAGUGCAGUCGUUUCUCAAAACUUUUAAAUUGUUGAUCUCUAUCCUGUUUAAAUUAAAGAUGCAGACAUUAAAGAUGAAUAAGACACCGCUGCAAGUUAAGAAUAAGAGGAAGUCACGCCCUAUUAAAUUAGUGUUUAUCAUCUCAAGGCUCAAAGAUAAAAUUUUAAUAUUGUCUUGAAUGUCAAGGAUUCCGAUGAUAGAAACACGAGAAAAGAGGUCAAUUAUUAAGAAACAGAAAUCGGAAAGUUUGGAAAUGCUGCCGUUAAUAUGAUUUAUCGCUAGAAGUUAUUGUACUUGCCUCAAAAGUCGAUCAAACUAGAAUAACAAUAAGGGAGAGUUCUGCCUGUUGCACUUGAAACACUGCCAUAAUCAUAGGACAAUUAUAAAAGAAUUUCUAUUAAAUUAUCUGAUCAAGUUUAGGCCAUAUUGUAGCAAAUUAAAGAGAAUACUUCCUUAUUUGAUUAAGUUGUUAAAGAACUAUCAAAAUAUUCAGUAGUUUCUUAAGUUAAGUAGAUAGUUAUUGAUAAAUCAUAUAAUAAAAUCUUGGAUAGGUUGACUGUGUUGCAAUAAAUAAUGAAUCAAAAUCUAAAUAAGAUCAAUGAACUUAUUUAACUUACUGAAAUUCAAAAUGAAAAAGUUCCUGCAGUUUCAAUGUAGAAUAUGGUUGAUUUUAUACUCAAAUUGCCAUAAUAAUAAAGCAUUGAAUUUUAAUAACUUAAAUAUGCUUCAUUUUAUACAUGCCAAAUUAUGUGUAAAUAAUUGGAAGUGCAAGAAGAAUAAUGCACUAGUUGUUCUUAAUUUGUCAUUCAAUUCAAUCAAGGUGUUGAUGCUGUGUAAAUUCUGUAUGAUUUCGCCAAACUUAAGAUGCCGAAAUUAUACAACAAAUUGGAUAUAAGUAACAAUAAAUUGAAUCUCAUUGUGUUACCAUACUUAGAAUUUCGAUAAAAGAACGAUUUCAUCCUUCAAGAUAUUUAGAAAGUAUCAUUUACAUGCUAUUUACUAGUAUCUAAUAAAAAUGACUGAGAAGAAGCAUUUCAUUAUGAAAACUCUGAUGCAGGAGAUCAUGACAAAAGAAGAAGUGGAACAACUAGAUUAAAUCUAUAUCUUAAAUCAAUAUGCCACUUAUAGGAAUCAGAUUAUCAGAAAUCCAAAUAAAUUUAACUAUGAAAUCCUCAAAAAAAGACCACUCUUCAUUCUUUAAUAAAUUAAAUUGUAACUAUUCUUAUGAAUUAGACUCUUUCAUGCUCAACUAUAAAUCGAAGACUUAUUUUAUAAAAUCUAAAAUUUGUAAAACGUCUAUGACACCUAUGUUCAAUUUCCCAAUUUCGAAUAACAAUUAAAGCAAGUUCAAUUGAAUAAGAUGAAAAUCUAAAAGCAAACUCUAGAGACUGAUGAUUAAGAAAUAUUCAGAGACAAAGUAGUUGAAUUGAAGUAAGAAAUGAUCGAGUUAAAUUAGACAAGAUAUGGACAUAUUGUUUAAGUUUCAAAACAUGUUUCCAAGUGAAGUUGAAGGUCUUCCAUAUGGAUUUAUACGCAUUAAAGAUUGGAUAGAUUGUGAAAUUGGAUCUGGAUUGACUUUGCUGAGAAUAUUGAAUAGCAAAUUGCAUUCCAUUGAUAUAUUGGAGAACUAAAUCAGUGAAGCUGAGGGUCUCCAAUUAAUUGAAAAGAGUAAAAAAUUAAUUGCCUAAAUUCAAAAAUUGAUUGAUUAAGAAAUUCCACUUAACUAUUAUGAUUCUAAAUUUAAAUUACCAUCUGAAAUCUAAAAUGCUGUCCUAGAAAUUACUAAUAAAUAUUUAUUGGAUGAUGAAGCUAAGCAAACUCCUUAAAGAACACCUUUGCAAUUACCACUUGCUCCACCAAAUGCAUAAAUGAAUUUAUUAGAACAAUGCUCUAAGGUUCUUGAAAGAUUAUCCAAAGCCAGAGAAAGCAUCCUAAUUAAAAAACAAAUAAUACAAGAAAUAAGCACUCAAUAUACAUCACUCAAUGAUUUUUGCUUUAAAUAUCAAAUUUGGGAACACAUCAAUGCAACAAGAUAUUUGAUGACUUCCCAAAUGUUCUAUGAUAUUAUAUCUACAAUCAUUAGUGUAGAACCAUAAAAAUUUACUCUUGAUGGUAUUAUCAAGAAAAUUAGAGAUCACAUGAUAUAUUUUGAAAUGAAUUAGAAUGUUUAAACUAGCAUUUAUUUCAAAGUGCAUCUAAAGGAUGGCCUUCAGUUAUUAUAAUUAUUUAAAGACAGUCAAGAUGAAUAUAGUAGAUUAUUAAUAGCUAAUUCAAAGAAGCCAGGAUCGGUUUCAAUCGAUUCAUUAAUCAAUACCUUAACCAACAAUGUGAAUAACUUUCUAAAAAUUAAGACAUGCACAUUAACUUAAUAAAAGGAUGCAAUUUUGAGAGCCAUGCCAUAGUAUAUUGGAAUGAUUAAAGAGCAAUUUGAGGAUUCAUCUAAAGCUGCUGAACUAGACUAAAAGUUUUCUGAAGCAGAAACGGUGCUUGUUGAAACAGAUUCAUUCUUUCAAAAAGGAGAAAACAAAUUAGGGAAGAUUUAUGAAUUAGGAGUUGAAGCUGUUGGUUAAGAAAAAACAAAAAAAACAAUGUCUCUUGAAUAAUUUAGAAUGAGUUUAGGCUUUGAUUCAUAAAUCUAAAUUUUGAAAGAUAAAGCAGAAGCAGCUCAUAAUUAAUUCUUGAUGUAAUAUAUUAUCUAAGACUAUUUAUAGGUACAAAGAAAAGCUAUCUCUAAAUAGUCUUCCAAUCUACAAGAAUAAGUUAGAACAGAAAUUGAAAGAAUUUGACUCCUUAAAUCAAACCAUUCUUAUGUUUGAUAAGACUAUUACUUCAAUUUAUUAUAGUUCCAUUGAUUUUCUAGAUGCCUUAACUGAAUUGUAAUAGAAAAUUGAGAACAUGCUCUCAUUGGCUAAUUCUUCCUUCAUUUUAGAAGGAUUGAAUAAAUAAUUGAAGCAACAAUAGGAAACCUAUGGAGAAGUGAAAAAAAUAUAAUCAGGAGCGAAAUUACAUCCUUCAAUAGAACCUAUAGUUUUAACUACCUAAGAAAUUUAGGUUAAUUUGAUAGAAAUGCUCACAAAUAUGAUUUAAAUUAUCACUGCCUUUGUUGAAAUAUAUGAUGGUUUCAUGUUGUUUUAAGACUAAAUCAACUUAUUAAGUGAGGAAUUCUUUUAGACUGUAUACAGAUGGUUAACAUUUUAUGAAGGAAAACCUUCUGAUAGAAAAUUAGUCUAUACGGAGGCUCUGACAAAGAUAGAUGUGGCUAUUGAAAAAAUUGGAAAGUUUCCAAUACUAAGAGUUCCUUGUACCAAAAUUUAUUAGACUUUAAAAAAAGUUGUUGAAACAUAUUAAAGAGAUGUAAAUACUGAAGUUAUGAAAAUGCUUUCAGAGUUUGGAUAAACCUAUUAAACUAAAGGAAAUAAAGUACAAAGUUUCUAAGAAUUCUAAAAUGAAUUAACAUAUUUAUUAACACCUGAAAAUUCCAAAGAAGCCACUAGAAAAGCACUGCAAGCAUUUUUUGAAAAAAACAAAAAGGCAGAAUAACCAUUAUCUAGAAUGUCUUAAUUCGUUAAGGCAACAUAAACUAUUUCAAAGGAUGAAAGAUUGAAAUCUAUGAAAAGGUUAAAAAAACUAUAGAAUCCAGAUGAAAUUCAGACUCAAAUGGGUGGUGGACAAAUGGAUUAAUGGAUAGGCUCUUGUAAAAAUAUGACUAAUGCUUUGGAAAUGUAUUUUAAGAACGUAAAUGACAAUCAACUUCAGCCAUUAGUAAAUUAUACAUGUAAAAUAAUUAACAUAUCAUAUAGAAAAAAUCGAAGACUCUGCUAAGGGAAUGAGCAAUUAAGAUCUAAAGAAAUUUAUUGGUAGAUUUUUAGAAAUGCUUAAGAUAGAUUAUAAUCUCAGUAAAUUUUAAUGA